AUGCCAAUUGGCGUGCCGCGCGUGCCGUACCGCACGCCCAAGGAGGGCUCCUGGCAGUGGGUGGACAUCUGGAACUGCCUGUACCGCGAGCGCAUCAUCUUCCUGUCCAAGCCUGUGGACGAGGAGCUGGGCAACCAGCUGGUGGCCACCAUGCUGUACCUGGACAGCGAGAACAAGAAGGACAUGAACAUCUACAUCAACUGCUCUGGCGGCGAGGUGGUGCCCUGCCUGGCCAUCCACGACACCAUGCGCCACAUCAAGAGCGACGUGGGCACCGUGGGCUUUGGCGGCUGCAUGGGCAUGAGCGGGUUCCUGUUGGCGGUGGGCAAGAAGGGCAAGCGGUCCGCGCUGCAGAACACGCGCAUCAUGGUGCACCACCCCAGCGGCGCGGCACGCGGCCAGGCCUCCGACAUCAACCGCGAGGCUCGGGAGCUGCUGCGCAUCCGGGACUACAUGGAUAACAUUCUGGCGCAGGCCACGGGGCAGCCCUUUGACAAGGUGGCCCAGGACUUCUCCCGCAACUGCUACUUCGACACCUCGGAGGCCCAGGAGUACGGCCUGAUAGACAACAUCGUGCGGCCGCGGCGCAGCGCCAUGCUGGGCGUCUGA